ACAUGAGGGGUCACGCAGCAGGCUGAGCCGAGCCAAUGGGGAGCGGCAAGCGCUCUGUUCGCCAGUUCUCACGCCCCGCCCUCGGACCGUGCUGGAAGAAAGUUUCGCCCCGCGGCCAAGAGAGAGGAGCGAACAUGGCCUCGCCGAGGUGGCUCUGGUGUGUGUGUGCGACCGCAGCGGUGGCACUGCUGCUCGUUUCCAAGGUUCCUUCGGCCUCUGCCCAAAGAAAGAAGGAGAUGGUGUUAUCUGAGAAGGUUAGUCAGCUGAUGGAAUGGACCAAUAAAAGACCUGUAAUAAGAAUGAAUGGAGACAAGUUCCGUCGCCUUGUUAAAGCUCCACCAAGAAAUUACUCAGUCAUUGUCAUGUUUACUGCUCUCCAACUUCAUAGACAGUGUGUCGUUUGCAAGCAAGCUGAUGAAGAAUUCCAGAUUCUGGCAAAUUCUUGGCGAUACUCCAGUGCAUUUACCAACAGAAUAUUUUUUGCCAUGGUGGAUUUUGAUGAAGGCUCUGAUGUCUUUCAAAUGCUAAACAUGAAUUCAGCUCCAACUUUCAUCAACUUUCCUCCGAAAGGAAAACCCAAAAGGGCUGAUACAUACGAGUUGCAGGUGCGAGGGUUUUCAGCUGAACAGAUUGCUCGGUGGAUUGCAGACAGAACUGAUGUCAACAUUAGAGUAAUUAGACCUCCAAGUUAUGCUGGACCCCUAAUGUUGGGAAUGCUUCUGGCUGUUAUUGCUGGACUUGUGUAUCUGCGAAGAAGCAAUAUGGAAUUCAUCUUUAAUAAAACUGGAUGGGCUUUUGCAGCCUUGUGCUUUGUACUUGCUAUGACAUCUGGCCAGAUGUGGAACCAUAUAAGAGGACCACCAUAUGCUCAUAAGAAUCCCCAUACAGGACACGUGAAUUACAUCCAUGGUAGCAGCCAGGCCCAGUUUGUAGCUGAAACCCACAUCGUUCUUCUCUUCAAUGGUGGGGUUACCUUAGGUGUGGUGCUUUUAUGCGAAGCUGCUACCUCUGACAUGGAUAUUGGGAAGCGAAGGAUGAUGUGUAUUGCUGGGAUUGGACUUGUUGUGUUAUUCUUCAGUUGGAUGCUCUCUAUCUUUCGAUCAAAAUACCAUGGCUAUCCAUACAGCUUUCUGAUGAGUUAAAGAGGAUUCCAGAGAAAUAUUGACACUGGUAAUGGAAACUGAAAAAUAAAAACUACUUGGUGUUUGAAGAAUGCAACUCACAUAUUUUAUAUUACCUCUUUUUUGUCAAGUGAUCUAAAUAGUUAAUUGUUUAACCAAAGAUGUGUAGUGCCUUAACAAGCAAUUGUAAGAUAAUGAAGUAUUUGGAAUUGUGCUCCUCUUAACCUUCCCUUCCCAAUAAAGUUAUGAAACAUUUGGUUUUUGUAGAAUUAAGUACUUCAUAAAAAUUUAAAACUACUACUUCAUUUUACUUAGAGCAAAACUCAAAACUACUAUAGUUAACUUUCGGUCGUCUGAUUUUAUCUUAUCUAUGGUUGGGGAUGGAAAGUUCUAAAUAGGAAUUUCUGCCUCUGCCUAUUGCAGACAAGUGCAUCUGGAAGCCAUAGUUAUUUUUCCUUCUUUGUGCAGAUGUAUGUGCUUUACAGACCUUUCCUCUUGGGCCAAGGUAUCUAUGAACUGUGCGAUCUGAAAAUGGACCGUGUAGCCUUUGGAAAGAUACAUGUCUUCCUGUGUCUUUCUGACUGAAAUCAUAUUCCUCCUUUUACACCUUUAAGAAGUACCUCCAACUAAAGACUGAUUUGUGCAUGAGUGUGCUAUAACUACCUUGUACAUGGAAAGAUUUCUCAUUCAUUCUGUUUCUAGUUUUAUUUAAAGGGGCCCUUCUCUAAUAAUAAUAAUUUGUUGCUAAAAAUCAGUAUAACUUAUAGACGGUCUCAAAUGUUUAUGUAAGUUACACACUGUCAGUGAUUUCAUUUUUACCUAACAGAAAAAUAAGCUGAGUUGUGUUCACGGAAAGGACUCUCUUAGAAUGAGAAAACAAAAUCCUGGAAUAUUGAUUUGUUGCCUAGGUACAUAAACGAAAUGGUUUGCCAGGCUGUGGUAGAUGAAGGCUGAGCUCUGUGAGUUUGUGGUUAACCCUGGGCUGCAUAGUGAGACCUCAUCUCCUGGAGGGGGAAAGAAAAGGAAAGAAGGAAAAAAAAUAUUGUGUUUUCAAGCUGAGGCUGGCGCUCAGAGGUAGAGUGCUUGCCUAGCAUGAGUUACUCUCUGUUCAAUCCCAAUGCUUUAGAAAGAUUUCGGGAAACCUGGUGGUCUGUGUGGUUUUUCUUCUUUUGGUAAGGACUGUUCUUGAAACCUGGUCUCUUGUUUUUUAAAACACAUGUUCUGUAAAACAUGGGCUAUUUUUUAAAUACGUAUUUCUUGAAACCUAGUAUGGCUCUUGUUUUCAUUUGUGUGCCGGUUUUCUAAAAGCAAUGUUUUUUGUAACCUGUUUGGAGACAGCACUAACUGGUCUGGCCUCUCUUAUGGAGAGCUGCCCCACCUCUAGCUCACAUUCGUCCUCCUGCCUCAGCUUCUCAAGUGCUGGGAUUGCAGGCAGGUGCCACCGUUGACUAAUCUGCUUUUGCUACCAGUUUAGCUUUUUAUUUACCCCAUAAAUUAGAGAUACAAAGAAUGGUGGCAGGCACCUGCCUCUGCUCUUAGCUACUCUGCUGGCUGAAGUAGAAUCCACAAAGUCCAAGAACUUGAUACAGUCUGGCAUCAUAUUAACACCUCAUCUCAAAAAUAGGUUAGAAAAUAAAACUACGAAGAAAUUUUGUUUGAAUUUUAUCUUUUUUUCAUGCUAGUAGAAAUAGCCAUAGUUGCUAACCAGUUUUCCAUGAGGAAUAUUUAAAUCAUGGUUAUAAUAUGGCUGACCCUGGUUUUCACCAUAGUUAUAAAGAGUAAUCCGAAAUGCCACUGUUAAGGUAGGAUAAGCUUGGACUGAGCUCAGUGGUAGAGCACUUACAAGGCUGUGCUAGAGCACCUACAAGGCUUUGGGUUCAAUCCCAAAUACCACAAAAACCUAAGAAUGUAGCUGAAAAGUGGAAAGACAUAUUAGAAAUAUUACAUUUAAAAUAUAGACAUGGAUAUGUGAUUGAGUUGAUACAGUGCUUGCCUAGUAUACACAAAGCCAUGGGUUCAAUCCACAACAUCACAUAAGCACAUGUGUGUAAUUCCAGUGCACUCAGGAGACAAAGACAAGAAAUCAGAAGUUCAACCUCAUCCUUGAGUAUAUAGUGAGUUUAAAACCAACCUGAGCUACAUAAAGACUCUAUCCCAAAGACAAAAAAAAGAAAAAAACAAGAAAAGAUACUGUGACUAUUCCCUGUUAUUAAUCAUGCAAUAGCCUUCCCGUGUCUUAUAUAAUAGAGGUUUAUGGAAAGACGCAAUUGGCCCAGAAAAAAAAAUGUUUUGGGUGGUUUGUCGUUGUUGCUACAAAUUUGACGACUAGGAGGAUACCGUUGAUUGUUCCUUGAAAAUUGUGUGAUUCUUAAUUCCUCAUCUGCUAUUCUUGUACUUGUCUCUGCCAAAUGAAUUUAUGCUGUGAUUCUUAGGAAACUAGUGUGAAGACUUGUAAUGUUGGACUGGGCAACACUCCUACUGUAUAACCUCUAGCUAUUGGUGCCUCCGGCGGUCAGUGUUUUGUGUGUUUUCUCCUUGUUUAAGAGCAGCAUUCUUCAGUAUGGAGAAAGGCUUGCUGUGGCUAAAAUCUGUGGAAAGCAGAUUUUCUCAUUGAAAAUAGUGUUACUUUUAUGGAAUUUUAAAUUUAGCUUUUAUCUGAAGUGCCUUAAGUAGAUUCUUAAUUUACUUUUCUAGUACUGGUUUGAAUAUAAUUCAUUAUGUAUUUUUAAUAUACUGUUCAAAAAUUAUACAUUAUUAUAGCAAAGAUAACUAAAUGUCUGGCUUACUGCUUUCUGUCAAUAAACUUUUACAAUCUAAA